CCCCACCAGAGGCAAGCAGCGAAGCACCAGCACCAGCAGUUAUCCCCAGCAUCCGAACUAUAACCAACCGCGCGGGGAGAUUGGUAGCUUGCAGGAGUUAGCAAUCAGAACUUUUCAAAUUUAUUUGUCGAUUCUCAUCUCGCGAAGAUGGCGACCACCGCACCAGCAGGAGCAAAUACCGCCAACGCGGCUUUCCGGGACAAGGAAAAGCCGAUUGCUGUGCGCUCUUCCAACAUCGUGGCUGCUAGAGCUGUCGCCGAUGCCAUCAGGACAUCCCUUGGCCCUCGUGGCAUGGACAAGAUGAUUCGAAGCGGCAAGGGCGAAACCAUCAUCACAAAUGACGGCAGCACAAUGUUGAAGAGCAUGUCUGUCAUGCACCCAACAGCCAAGAUGCUGGUCAACCUCUCCAACGCUCAGGACGUCGAAGCUGGAGACGGUACCACAUCGGUUGUUGUCAUCUGUGGCAGUCUCCUCGGUGCCGCCGACCGACUUCUCUCCAAGGGCAUUCAUCCAUCUGUCAUAUCCGAGUCCUUCCAAAGGGCGGCAGCAGCCUCUGUAGAGGUCCUCCACGAGAUGUCGCAACCUAUCGCUCUUACAGACACCGCUGCCCUGCUUCAGGCAGCAAACACAUCACUCUCCUCAAAGAUUGUAUCGCAAUACUCAGGCCUCCUGGGUCCGAUGGCCGUCAAUGCAGUCACCAAGACCAUCGAUCUCAAGACUGCAGACAAUGUGGACCUGAAAAACAUCCGUAUAAUAAAGAGGGUCGGCGGAACCAUCGAAGACAGCGAACUGGUUGACGGUGUUGUUCUGACGCAGCCUGUCUUGAAGAACGCCGGUGGUCCUAUUAGGAUGGAGAAGGCAAAGAUUGGUCUGAUCCAGUUCCAGCUGAGCCCUCCCAAGCCGGAUAUGGAGAACACUAUUUCGGUAAACGACUACAGGCAGAUGGAUAAGAUCGUCAAGGAGGAGCGUCUUUACCUGCUCAACCUUGUCAAGAAGAUCAAGAAGGCCAAGUGCAACGUUCUUCUGAUCCAAAAGUCUAUUCUACGUGAUGCGGUCAACGAGUUGUCUCUGCACUUCCUCGCCAAACUGAACAUCCUAGCAAUCAAGGACAUUGAGCGAGAUGAGGUUGAGUUUAUUUGCAAGUCCACCGGCUGCAAGCCCAUCGCCGAUAUCGAUUCUUUCACCGAGGACAAGUUGGGCACCGCAGACCUGAUCGAGGAGACGCAGUCUUCGGGCAGCCGGUUGGUGAAGAUCACAGGCACGAAGUCGACAGGCAAGACGAUCAGCGUGGUUGUGCGCGGCGCCAACUCGCUGAUUCUCGACGAGGCAGAGCGAUCACUACACGAUGCGUUGUGCGUGGUGCGAUGCUUGGUCAAGAAGAAGGCUUUGAUUGCGGGUGGCGGCGCGGCGGAGAUAGAGAUCGCGGCCCAGCUAUCACGCCGCGCGCGUGAGCUCACUGGAACCGAGGCUAUCUGUUGGAAGGCCUUUGCAGAUGCGCUCGAGGUGGUGCCUACAACACUUGCAGAAAACGCUGGCCUCAACAGCAUCAAAGUAGUGACAGAUUUGAGGCAUCGUCACGAGAUGGGCGAGAAGAAUGCAGGCGUGAGCAUCAAAUCAGGAGGUGUCAACUCCAACAUCGCGAAGGAGAAUGUACUGCAACCUCUCCUUGUCAGCACGAGUGCCAUUGAGCUCGCUGCGGAGACUGUCAAGAUGAUUCUCCGCAUUGAUGACAUUGCGCUCAGCAGGUAGACGGGAAUAGGAAUCUUUGAUUUCAUCUGCGCUGCAUACUUCCCGACAGAUACUGGAGGGAGUUCACGCCGAAGCUCAGGCGCCAGGCAUAGAGAAAAAAUGAAGUCUUGGUCAUAGAAUAUUUGCGGUUCACAAGUAUGUGAGGAUUUAAUUUUUUUUCCCUUCUUUUAAGAACUGUAAAACAAAAUACAACAAAAUAACGACGGGACGAGACAAGCAUCUGCAUCUACCGAUUCAGCCGGGAACUCUCUCUACUUGUCGAACGCACAGUAGCUACUCACCAACUUUAGGAUUCCCCUUGUCUAAUAACCGUUUAAGGCCUGUGCCGACGGGGUUCGAACUUUUGGCUAAAGUCUGCGGAUGGAAAGAGGCGCUGCACCUUUCUGUUGACCUAAUUUGUGACCAUCCCCUGAAGAGGGUGGCCAGCAGCCUUUCUCUAUGGUCUACAUGCAUUCACAUUUGUUAUUCGUUAAUUCCAGUCAGCCCAUUUCAGCCAAGCCGAGCUAUAAUCCUACGGUAAAUUUUACAGUCCCUGUAUUUGUGUAUUUUGGUUGGAAGCUGCUGUAUGUGGCAAAGGCGG